AUGUCCUUUAAUUGUAAAAGCGUUCACACUGAGGAAAAGUGUUAUGAAUGUAAACAGUGUGGCAAGUGUUUUAGCCGAUCAGAAUACCUAAGGAGACAUAAAAGAGUUCAUACUGGGGAAAAGCCUUAUGAAUGUAAACAGUGUGGCAAGUGUUUUAGCCGAUCAGAAGACCUAAGGAGACAUAAAAGAGUUCAUACUGGGGAAAAGCCUUAUGAAUGUAAACAGUGUGGCAAGUGUUUUAAUGCAGUAGGAUCCCUAAGGAUACACGAAAGAGUUCACACUGGGGAAAAGCCUUACGAAUGCAAAAUUUGUGGAAAGUGGUUUAGAGAAAAAGGAGCCCUAACACGUCAUGAAAGAGUUCACACUGGGGAAAAGCUUUUUGAAUGUAAACAGUGUGGUAAGUGUUUUAGUGAAGCAGGAAACUUAAGGAUUCAUCAAAGAGUUCACACUGGGGAAAAGCCUUAUGAAUGUAAACAGUGUGGCAAGUGUUUUAGUGUAGCAGGAAACCUAAGGAAACAUGAAAGAAUUCACACUGGGGAAAAGCCUUAUGAAUGUAAACAGUGUGGCAAGUGUUUUAGACAUUUGAAUGCCAUAAGGACUCAUGAAAGGGCUCACACUAAGGAAAAACCUUAUGAAUGUAAACAAUGUGGCAAGUGUUUUACCAGAAGUGGACAGCUAAAAAAACAUGGAAGAUCUCAUACUCCAAAAAGGUCGGGAAAAUAUUCCCAAAGAAAGGACUUGACUUAUUCUUUGGCUACGACAGUUGAAAAGGUCACACAAUCUGUAGAAAAAGCGCUAAUACAGAAAGAGAGUGGAAGCAAUAGUAUUGAAGGCUUAGUAUCAGCAAUCUUUGAGGAACACAGCUGUUGGAUUUGCCAAGAGGAGAUGACUAGUGAGGCACUUCUUCUUCAACACUAUGAAAACCAUAUGAGAUAUACUCCUGAAGAUGACUCGUAAGUUUUCGAACAUCUGGGUCCUUUUUGUUAAAUUCAUAAAACUUUGAACACUAAGUUGUAAGUUUCAAAGUAAAAGCAGUGUUUACACGGGUGUUUGUAAAACCAGAACAGACCUGAAAGGCCACCAAACAGCAAUGUUUACACGGGUGUCUGUAAAACCACAACAGGCCUGGAAGACAACGAAACACAUUCCCUCUCUCCCCAUCACCGCCUUGACGUACAGUAAAAACCAGGGAGUAAGAACCUAGUUUUUGAGAAUCUGUUGGGCUAAAAUCUGCCAAUUAGGUUCCCUCUACAGAAGAACUUGUUCAGCCUUAAAUUUGAAACAGUUUUUUAUUUUCUAAAUUCUAUAAAAAAAAUUCUGUACACUUGGGCAAAUAAGUUAAGUCAAUACUCAGGAUCCUUUUUGAAGACAGGCGUUUUAUCACUCCAAUUGCAAUGUUAUGUCAUUAUGCCGAUUUUAUCUUAGGAAGAAGCUGAAUACCACCAAAUACUCUUAGCUACAAUGUUUUUUUCCUUCAGAAAAGAAGAACCUAUUUAAGAACCUAAAUAACCUACACUUAUGCAAAUUACCAGUUAAUAAAAACCUGUUUAGGCUAGCUUGGGAAAAUGCAGGUUCUUAGUCGUCGGUUUUUACUGUAUUUGAUAAAGCUCUAUGGAAGGUUCUGUGAAGCGUAAUCAGUAAGUUGCGUUACUGGUGAACGGUAAAUGACAGUAUAAACACUUUAGGCGUCUUUUCAAUUUGAGGGGCCGGGGGAUCAAGCGGAGGUGAGAAGCGUUUGUUUUCAUUACUGUAACAAGUUCAACAAAACGAAUAUGCUUUAGGCAAAAAUAUCAAUGGAGUUUGAGAAAAACCGAAUAUCCACUUCAUCGUCUAGGCCGUCUAGAGAUCCAUAUUGCUCUGUCAAAUCCCAACAUAGAAGUCAGAAGCCUCGCUCAGGGAUAUUGUGUUGCCAUUGUUAGUCUAUCCUUACUUUGCAAUUAACAUUGAACAAGAUGAAAAUUGGUAGAAUUUUGGAGGAGGCGUUAAUUGGAGAAGGGCAACAGCCUAGAUGAGGCGUUUCAAAGAUAGGAGGCAUUUAUUUGGAAGAGGGCGUUCAUUACGUCAUUUAUGGUAGUCGAUUGAAAAUUCGGAUAGCGCUUCUAUUAGAGGAAUUAGUAACUCAUAUUGAGUCAAUUAGUGCGUUUUUGUAGAUGGACAGAAGAAUCCUUUUGUAGACUGAACUGUUGAUGAUUAAAAAUAUUGGUUUUAGGUUUUUCGUAAUUAAAUCAUCAACACGUUUUGUAGCUUGCGAUUAUGUAGUUGUAUUUCUAACUCUUUGUAGCUGUUUCCAGGUUUCAGGAUUAUUGCAAGCGUUUUAAUAAAAAAGAAAAUAUUACGCAAGUUUUAGCUUCUACAAAAACGACCUUAAAUGUAAUGUAAAUGUAAGUCCUGGCCCCAGUUGUUCAAAAGCUGGAUAGCGCUAUCCACCCGAUAAAUCACUAUCCAGUGGAUAAGUAUUAGGGAAAGCAAUUGCGCUAUACAGUGGAUAGAGAUUUAUCCAGUGACACUAUCAUCCACCUUUUGAACAACUGGGGCCUAAUGCAUUAACUUUUUUCUCUAAAUGUAAUAAACUUUUUAGAGUGAUAACGUUAGGCUUUAAAUGUUUUGACGUCAUCUUUAAUUUCUUCAAAUAAGCCUCUCUCCUUGCCCCUCACGUUUCUGUCACGCCCAAACCCCCCCUUUUUUCCGUCUCUUCGACCGACAGCAAGCCCAGAUGACCUACGAACGACGCACGGCAAACGAAAGGAAGACCGUGGCACUAGAGUUGGCCAGGAGAAAGGCCGAAGAGGAACCAGCAGACCUCGAGGCGGCCGGGCCCAGCGACCGGCCCACCACCAGCGAACCAGAGAUCAGUAUGGCGUCAGAUCGGGGACAAAAUCGAUACUCAGGAAACACUUCUUCGCUUCGAAAAUUGUUCUUCGAGUCAUUGUCUGUUGUCUUCGUGGCGUUGGUUUCAUGUCUUCGAGUCGUCACAUUCCUCGUUUCAUCGUACUGUUUUUCUUCGGGGCACCGCUGGCUUUUCUUCGUGGCGUGGCUAUGGGCUUAUGUCGUCGUUGCGUCAUUUUUAUGUCUUCGUGUCGUCGGGUAUGCCUUUCGUCGACUGCGCUACAUACUUGGGUAGGUACUUGAUGUAUGGGGACAUACAUUGUACCGACUUUCCUUGCAUAAGUUAUACCUUCCCUUUUUGCUUGGUACCUUGUUACUCUGUUACCCUGUUACCUUUGUUACUCUGUUACCUUGUUACCUUGUUACUCUGUCACCUUAUUGCUUUGUCCCCUUGUUACUCUGUCCCUUUUUUACCCUGUUACCCUCUUCCCUUGUUCCCCUGUUACUCUGUUCUCAAGUUUUUAAUUUUAGUGUAUUUUUGCAUCACAAAUCACAAUUUUUUUUCCCGUAUAGACGAGGUCUUUUUUGGGAUUAAGGUCGUUGUUGAAUGGUUUGCACGACAAAUCGGUCUUCGUUCAGAGUAAUUAUUAGCAACCAGCUUUCGUCAGUAAAUUUUUCCUCUUAUGCGUUCUGGUUGACGGAAAUCAAGCGAAAGUUUACUUUUUUGAGAACAGCGCUUGGACCAUGACGAAGGCUCUCUGUCUCAAUCCUAUGGAAGCUUAAGCCUGUUAUAGUUUCUUUUGGCUUUCAUACUUUUAUCAUGAUUUUCCAAAAAAUCGUAAAUGACAUUCAGAGGUUUACGAAAACGGAAUAUUUUCCGAUAUCUCUCUCUCCGUCACAACUUUCAAAUCUAAGCGAAAUUUCUUGGCAAUAUUUUUACGAUCAGUCAUUUUGCAUAAAACACUGAGUCUUAAGGCGUCCUUGUAAAAUGACUUAACAAAGCGGCAGGGUCCUACAACAGGUGUAACGUUUGAGCGCUUUCAGUCAAUACCACACAAGGCUGAAGUUUAAUUGCGUUCGUUUUUUAAUCACACCUUUUCCGUUAUCGAGAAAAUCGUUGAAAAUCGCACAACACGAGGACAUUGAGUAACUAGUAUACUCAGUUCAGUUUUGCAUUGAAUACUAGAUCACUACAAGCCGGUUUCCUCUAUCUACCACUUUACUCCCAGUUCAAAAUUUUUUUGUGACUUCGAGAGGUCAGUUGUACAAGGCUUGACGUCAGACUUAACUGCCAACUCUCGGCUUUACCUGAUCUCGACGACACAACAAGUAGACAAGAUGACCUGACAAAUCGGCAAAACGACAGAACAAGUAGACAAGACGACAUAGAAAAUAGGCAUCGAGUUAUUUUUGACCCUGACUAGCUGCCCACAGCACCAGGUUUACCCUCCCUCCUUGUAAACAGGGCCAAGAGUGAAAACGGUGCUUUCAUAUUAGUAUAGCUGCAGUUUCUAAAAUAUCGAAUUUUCAACACCUUUUCGGCUGAGAAUGAAUCAUAGUUCAAUGAAUUAUCUUUAUACCAAAGCCUAACUCGACCUGGCUUGUAAAAAUAAAUGUACACAUUAUAAAUGAAAAUGAUUCUCUAAAAUGGCAACAUCAUUUAGCUAGAGUAUAUUUGCCCUAUCCCAGGGAAACAAGGAAACAGAGUAACAAGGUAACAAGGUAACAGAGUAAUAAGGUAACAGAGUAAUAAGACAACAAAGUAACAGCGUAACAGAGUAACAGGGUAACAGAGUAACAGUACAAUAUAUGAGAGUGAAGAAUGAUCAUCGCAGUAAAUUUUCCAAUUUAAGCGAUUGGAAAGAAGAAGCCUGAAAAAAAAAUCAGGGCUUCAACGGGAUUCGAACCCGUGACCUCCGCGUUGCCUGCGCGUUGCUCUACCAAUUGAGCUAUGAAGCCACAUAUUGGGAGCGAGGUCAAUUUAUCGAGUUCAUCUACAACCGCAGUUUAAAAAUGAAUUAUUUCAUAUACUUCACAUCAUUUCACUCCUCACGGGAGAUAUGAACUCAAUCUGGGGCGUACAUCAUUUACACAUAGAGCAGCAGUCGCUCGGAACACACUACCUGAUGUCAUCAAACAACAUGACAACCCGGAAACUUUUAAAAGGAAAAUUGAAUCGAUUAAAAAUCUAAUAAGGGACAUCAAUUUUGGUAAAGAGUGCUCUGUAAUGUAUAAUAUAUGUAAAGACCUCAAUUUUAAGUAUUUUUAAAUGUCAGUCCUACAGUGUAAUUUAUAGAUAAUAUUUUUUUAAUUAGGCAUUUUUAAUCUAUUUUAUUGUACAUACAUUUGUUUCUACUGUCUUUAUUUCUUAUUUAAUUGUUGUAUUAUGAAUUGUCUUAGUACGUUAGCAGGUCCAGAUCAGCUUUAUAGUUGCCUUCUUUAUUAACGUCACCAUGAAAUAAAUGUAUGUAUGUAUUUAUGUAUGUACCAGACAUCGCUCAUUGGUUAGUGAUGGUGUGACACGUAACCUUAGAUUUUGUUUGAACAACAGAGGUUUCUUUCAUUUCCUUCUAGCGCGUAGGUUUUAUGCAGUGCAUGGAGUCGGUUUCAAGAGGUCAUGAAGCUGUUCUGCUCGCACGUCUUGGGCGCCGAGAUGCCCCUUCCCUUCCCUAUUGAACGUUUUCACCGGCAGGCCAGGGUAUUUUGCAGAACGCCGAAUGACUCUAAAGUUUAGCGUUUUAAUGGGGUUUAUAGAAAAAAGAGUGAAUCAAGUUUCAGGUCCUUUUUCCCAGUUUCUGAUUCACUCCGUUUCGUGACCCUAUCCAUUAGACUCUGUCGUUUGGCGUUCGGCGUUCGGCGUUCUGCACUCGAGUGCGAAAGUGUGACGUCAUAAAAAUUAAAUUUCUGGAAUUAGAGGUUUAGAUCGGUGCAGAUUUACUGAACGACGACUGCAGCGAAAACAUCACCAAAAAAGUGAAUUCGCGUCCUUUGAAACUUUGUUGCGUUUAUUUGGAACCGCUCAAUUCGUCAAAUGUAGGCGACUUUUUCUCGAGUUAAUGAUAAUAAUAAAAAUAAUAAUAAUGGAUUAUUUUAAUAAAACAGUGCAUCCACCUGGUGGCUAAUCACCUGUUAAAAACUACAAUAUGGAGUUGAAUUCUUAAGGGCUUUACCCAUGUUCAAAUACAGAAGGCAAAAUUUGUCAUAGUAUGUCAUAUGAGCAUCGGCGAGCUCAUAUUUACAAAAAAACCCAUAAAACGGUCAUAAAUCGGCCCGUGGACUACACAGGAGAGACGUGACACACAGUUAGUAAGGUAAGCUGUUUUUUAGUGAAAUCCUUUUGUUUUCGUAGGUUACAGAAACGAUAGGUUUUUUUCCAUAGAAAUCCUUAUAUUUCGAAUGUUACGCAAUAAUGCCGAUGCUCGCCGACUUAGGCUACAAGUAGUCUCCAUUGUAGAGCGAGCGAAACUAACGCGAGCGCGCGUGAAAAUUACCCCACGCGAAAAAAGCAAGACGGCGUCUCGCUUUUCUCGCGUGGGGUGAUUUUCACGAGCGCUCGCGUUUCGCUUGCUCUGCUUUCCCGGGGGGAAAAUGGGGAAUACUCGUUGGAAUGAUACUUUCAGGCAUGCCACGUUUCCCUUGUUGUAAAGUGCCUUAUCGUGAUAAAUUUGAAAAUGCAAAAAAUUAUUAGUAUUGUACAUUAAAAAUUUGACUGUGGAUUGCAAUUAGAAAACAAUAAGGGCAUUCGGUAUGUUUAUAACGUAAUCAGAAAAAUCUAGUCUCGAUACUUUUCGGGGCUCACUUCUUUCGGGACUCGCUAUUUCGGGAUUUAUUGGACGACAAACUUUUGACGAUACUUUCGGGGCGUCGCUACGCUUUAUGGUAUUGCUUUUUUGACGUUUACGCUGCCGUCGCGGUCGUCGGAUCGUAAGGUCCCUAUUUUUUGCGCAGUCUUUGAGUCUCGUUCCUCGUUCAGGUUUGCUUCGGAACCGCACGGUAGCCUGCGAAAGGGGUAGGGGAUAGGGGAUAGGGGAUAAGGAGGAAGGGAAAAAGGGGAGGGGGAUUGGGGAGAGGGAGAGGCUCCCUUCCCUUUUCCCUUUCUCCCUCCCCCGUCCCCCCUCCCCUUUUUGCGCCUGCCACGCAGGCUACCGCAGGAAAACAACGGAAACGCUUGGAGGUCAUAGACGAAAGACGAAACCACGGAAUUAUCCCACAGGGUCCCCGACAGCACAUUUUUAUUGCACUCUCACCAGUCCUCUAUCGGUGUAAAAUCAAGAUGGCGGCCAUUAGUAAACCACUAGCAGCUAAAUACAGGAAUUGCACCGACCUGUGAUUGGAAGAUAAAAAUAGUAUGUCAGUGGCGAUGACGUGACAAUUCGUUACGUUAGCCGUUUCAAGAGUAAUAAUUUUUACACGAAAAAGACAGUCCACAGGAAAAUACAAUAUAAUAUUAAAUAUUUCUCAAAGACAAACAGUGCAGUAUUCUUUUGAAGUCGGCUGACUCGCUAAGAGUCAAUGUCUUAUCGAAGUUGAAGUUCAACUGUCGCAAAUCGGAUAACUUCACUGAGUGAUUCUGAGAUGAAACCUUUUGUCUGCAUCCACAUUGAUCUUAGAUUUUACCACUUACAUAUUGAAGAAAAGCCAUAAACAGAGCUUCAAUGUCCACGUACACCCGACUGAACUUCGGUGCGAUUCCUGCAGAUACCGCUGUUCAUACUAAAUGCAGGAAUUACACCGGACGCGUUCUCUUCCCCAGAGUCACUCUAAGUUGUAACAAAAGAGCACGUGACCAAGAAAGAUGGGCUCUGGGAACGAGAAUACACCGGACGCUCAUUGGUCGAAUGCGCAACUUGGCAUAAAUGAAAUAGCCGCGGGAUGGGAAACUUUAAUUGAUUUUCUCGUGUUUUGAUUUUCGCUUGAUAGGACAAGACUUAGGACACUGGAAAUAACACAUCACUUGUAUUCGAAGUUAAAUUAUACUGAAGCAGGGGUUAUAGGAUCCUGACUAACGGUCAUCUAAACCUCGGGCUGAUUGUUCUUUGCCUCCCCCCCCCCGGCACACUAGCUACAAAGUUAAAUAAAAAGUUAUGUCACUUACACAGUUGUUCCCUAUGAUUCCCUGGUACCUCUAUCUUGUGUUCCCAAUAGAAACUUUAGCAUGAUUCAUUGCAUGCCCUCCUACAACAGUAUUAAUUUUUUUAAUACAGACCUUUGUCGCAAGACUAUAUUGAAAAGGGAUCGAUGUCUUGUCGCGGUUUCAAAAAAAAAAAUUUCUGGAGACGAGAACGCGUCCGGUGCAAUUCCUUCAUUUAGUAUGAACAGCGGUAUCUGCAGGAAUCGCACCGAAGUUCAGUCGGGUGUACGUGGACAUUGAAGCUCUGUCUAUGGCUUUUCUUCAAUAUGUAAGUGGUAAAAUCUAAGAUCAAUGUGGAUGCAGACAAAAGGUUUCAUCUCAGAAUCACUCAGUGAAGUUAUCCGAUUUGCGACAGUUGAACUUCAAAUUCGAUAAGACAUUGACUCUUGACGAGUCAGCCGACUUCAAAAGAAUACUGCACUGUUUGUCUUUGAGAAAUAUUUAAUAUUAUAUUGUAUUUUCCUGUGAUAAAAACCGUUACUCUUGAAACGGCUAACGUAACGAAUUGUCACGUCAUCGCCACUGACAUACUAUUUUUAUCUUCCAAUCACAGGUCGGUGCAAUUCCUGUAUUUAGCUGCUAGUAGUAAACCUCUCUUGUCGAUUUCAUCUUCUUUUUGAGUUAAUCAACAAGGCAAUAUCUUGUCAGGUAAGGUAGGAAUGCUUUAAAUAUGUUAUUGUUACGUCCAGUUUUUAAAAUUCAGUUGUAGCGGUUAGCUAGCCUUCUGACAGCUUCUGAGGAAAAAUGUCAGGCGUUUCGCCUACAAGUCUUCUCGCCUACACUGAAGUGAUCUAUGCCAUGAUCUAUUAAGCUGCUUUAUAGACGUUUUAUACAUUUUGUACUCGGCGCUUAAGAAAAACUACAAAAUGCGGCCCAAUUUGAGAUGGGUUUUAUUUGGUGCUCAGCCGAUUUUACUUGCGGAUCCACGAUCAAUUCCAAACCCGUACGUGCGAAAUUUCUCACCAAAGUCCUGGGAUUUUUCGAGAAUUCUCGAGAGUCAUUGCCAGUAAUUCCUGGAAAAUUCUUUCGCGUUAAUUUGCGCCAACAUUCCUGAGAAUUCUCAAGACCAAUAUCUCAGCGCAAUGAUUUUGUGUUUGUGUCAAAUCCACUCCCAAAGUCGGUUCACGGGAUGACAUGAAAUGACCUGUCCCUUCGCUACAAAAAUGGGCCCCAUAGACCUUGUCACGGUUUUCGACGCCAUCUUGACGAGUAGGCAAACGCGUGAAAAAUUACAGUGUUUGUAUGAGAAUCUAAUGUCGAAUAAUUUCUGUAGAACGGCUGUUCUGACAAAAAUAUGAUUUGUAAACUAAAAUAUUUCGCAUUAAUUUGCUCCAACAUUCCUAAGAAUUCUCAAGACCAAUAACUCAGCCCAAUGAUUUUGUGUUUGUGUCAAAUCCACUCCAAAGUCGGUUCACCGGAUGACUUGAAAUGACCAUUCCCUUCGCUGCAAAAAUGGGCCCCAUAGACCUAUGGUUUUCGACGCCAUCUUGACGAGUAAUCGAAUGUGUGAAAAAUUACAGUGUUUGUAUGAGAAUCUAAUGUCGAAUAAUUUCCGUAGAAUGGCUGUUCUGGCAAAAAUAUGAUUUGUAAACUAAAGCUUCUCUCCGAAGAAUUCUACUGAAAAAAAUUGAGGGCGUUACAUGUACGAGAAGACCUGCAACCACUUUUCAAAAUUUUCUAUACAUUUGUGUGUAAGAAAGUCCUGGGAAAACAGAGAAAUAUAUGGAAAAUCUAAAGCAAGCCUUUGGAGAAAUCUAAGCACAGGUACGCCCCAAAAUUUUUUCAGGACAAUCCACGACAGGCUAAGGUCGGUUCAGGAAUUUGGGUGCCCGCUGCUUAGGUAAAUUUUUUUUUACCUAAAUCACAGUAGGAGCUGAAAGACGAACCACACUAAAAAGAAGACAAGCCUUAUUAAGCCGGAUUAAUCCUGACACAUUUUAGCGGCCAAUUUUCCUCAUUAAUGUAUAUGAGUUUUCUUGAAUGCCUGAUAUGUAAUACAGUAAAACAAUGGGACGGGGCUACUCUUUCUUUGCGGUGACAUUUUUCAUGGCUAGCAGUUUUGUGCUGGCUUGGUUAAAAAAUAUACAUCACCUGAAUUUUCAGUUUUAAAAUGUGUUUAUGUUAGUUGCCAUUGUAUUGGUAAAGAAUUACAUAAAUAUAUUUGUUAGAGAGAAGUAAAUACUUCAAACGUUUAUUCGUUAGACAGAGGAAAAUAAAUGUGCCAAUGUCAUUGUUAGACACAGGCAAAUUAAUGCCCCAGUGUAUUUGUUAAACACAGGCAAAUUAAUGCCCCCAAGUAUUUUGUAAGACACAGCCAAAUUAUUGCCCCAGUGUAUUUGUUAAACACAAGCAAAUUAAUGCCCCAGUGUAUUUUGUUAAACACAGGCAAAUUAAUGCCCCCAUGUAUUUGUUAAACACAGGCAAAUUAUUGCCCCGGUGUGUUUGUUAAACACAGGCAAAUUAAUGCCCCUGUGUAUUUGUUAAACACAGGCAAAUUAAUGCCCCAGUGUAUUUUGUUAAACACAGGCAAAUUAAUGCCCCAGUGUAUUUUGUUAAACACAGGCAAAUUAAUGCCCCAGUGUAUUUGUUAGACAAGGCAAAUUACGGUAUUUGUUAGACACAAGCAAAUUAACACCCCAGCGUAUUUUUGCGGUAUUUGUUAAACACAAGUAAAUUAAUGCCCCAGUGUACUUGUUAGACCCAGGUAAAUAAGGAUCAAUUUUUCGCUUGAAAUAUCACUCAGCAUGCCUAUAAAUUCAAUGCUCAAGUUUACAAAUAUUUCCUGAGGAAAGAUCCACAUUUUUUGUAGGCCGGCUUAUAGUUACAUGUAUCAGGUAUAUAACGCACAAAGCUUAACAUUUCUAUGAGUAAAAUGAUUGUCCUGUUUGAGGCCUCUUCGCUUUAUUGAUAGUAGUGCUAUAAUGCUUAACAGUUUCAUUAGCGACUGAGCUGGUCCUCACAACCACUUUUAGCGCAACGUCUUUAACAUAACAGUCCGCUCGCAUUUAUAGCCAAUGUAAAGAUUUUUAAUUACUCACCUUGCGGCCGUGAUAGUAAUUAUUUAUCUGUUUCCGGGAAGAUCACAAGAUAGCCAGCAUGUGCAUAAGCGAAAAUUAAACGAGAAAAAAAUUCGUCUUGAGCGCCAUGGCAUUACUUAAUGGGGUUAAUUUUAUUACAGCAAUAACGCAGCAUCUUGCUUGUGUUUUUUGUUCUGUUGCUUUUUAUAAAGUUACUGUCAACAGAUCCAAAAUGAUGUUAAUGAUGAAAUUAAUGUUCUCUGAUUCUGUUUUAAGUGUUCCAAAUGGAAACAUAUUUUUAGAGAGACCUUUUUUUAAAACGGGAAAUAGCAUACGCAACAUUAAAUUGCUUGUGACCAGGUACUAGCUUACCACAGAUUGCCAUAUGCCUAACCGCAAGGAAGGCAAAUGGCCGCGGGAUUUUAAUGCCUUGGGCAAAUGCCUGCUGUGAAUUCCUGAACCGGCCUAAGCCUCUCAUGCUUUACUUUGUAGCUUUAGCUUACAAUUGAUAUUUUUUUGAGAACAGCUGUUUUACGGAAAUUAUUCAACAUUAGAUUCUCAUACAAACACUGUAAUUUCUCACUUGUUUGUCUGCUCGUUAAGGUGGCAUCGAAAACCGUGACAAGGUCUAUUAAAGGGAGAAUGGAACAGGUAAAGGUAAGGUAUUUCUUGAUUGUAGUAACGAGACUCAGAAUCUGUAAGCCUUUUUUUCCUUUGUAUUUAGUCCACCAAAGGGGGUCAAUAAAUUGUCCUAGGCAUUCCCAGUGGAGACCAUGGAAACUGGGGAUAGGAUUGUGAUGGGACCUACAAGAUAUAAAAGCCAUGUAUUAGGCUUAGAUACAGAUAUCACGAAAAAUCAGCUAAAAAUGUUUUCUGCAAAUUCCUGAUUUUUUUUUCUAAAUAUCUCGAAAUUUGUUUCUAAAUAUUUCGAAAAAGUUCUAAACAUCUCAAAAAUAUCUGGCUUCAUUAAAUAGAUAUUACAGUAAAAACACACAAAAAAGCCUGUCAUCUAUAAUGGCAACACAAAUUUCAGGAAAUUAUAUUCUUGUGCAGCCUACAACAAAACUCUAAACAAUUCCACAUAAAGUCAGCCUUAUUUACAGUACCCUUCAACCUCCAAGAAGACUAGGGUACUGCAAGGCAGAGUUUCGUGAAAGACCAUUAGGUGUUGGAGGUCUAAAGUGGUCUAAAAGGGACACUACUGUUUGGUUUGUGCAUGGCUCAGAGGGUACGUCAUCAGCCAUAUUCUUGAACAUUAGCCACAUUACAUAAUAUUAUAAAUGGAAAAUAUUGCUGAAUCUGAUUACAACAGGCCAAUAUGUGGAGAAUUGUUUGAAUUUCUGUCACUGAAAUGCCAAUGCCACAAUUAGCAUUGAAGUACAUUGUAGCUUCCUAGAAAAAAUAUGAUUUGAGUACUUUUUCCGUAACAAAAUUCUAAAUAUCACAAUUUUUUCGUAAAUAUCACGAGAUUUUCUAAAUAUCUCAAAGUCCUCUAAAUAUCUUUAAAAUAUCUGGAUAUUUGUAUCUAGGCCUACCAUGCAUGUUUUGUGAAGAAAGCGUUGAAAAGAUUUUUAAAUGUGAAAGAUGUCCAGCUUUUCCAGAACAGGUCCUUCCACAAUUGAAAAGAGUCUUGUGCUGAGCAUGCAGUUUAUGUUUGGCGAUGAUUGAAAUGAUGCACCAUAUUAUUUUAUCACAUUUUGGCUCUUUGGCAAUGAUGUAACUUUUCUUGAAUGGAGUCCCUUGAUUUUCGUGUAUUUAUAUAUGGGUACUCAAUUGAUUCAGACACAAAUGAUUGAACAUGAUAUAAAAAGCAAAUAAAUACCCUGCAGAAUACUCAAUCAUCAAUAAAGUAGGACAUGAAAACUUAUAGCAAGGAAAUCCUGUUUCAUGUAGAAAGCCAUGAUGUUGCAAAGGUGAAAAAUUUGAAAGCAAGUGAAUUUGAGGCAUCAUGUUUUUCCGAAUAUUUGAGUAAUUCUUGGAAUUGUACAUCUUGAAUUCAUAGAUUUUUGCAGUUGUCAAGAGUUUUAGGGGAAAAAUCUGAAAUAGUAUUACACUUUAUACGGGGUCUUGAAGGAGGUGUCUGGAUCUCGUACCAUGGGUUAAAUUUCUGUACAUUCAUGAAUCAUGUGAUUCAUAAGGUGAUGAAUGAACUAAUCAAGCCCAUGAAUGACUCUUAAAGGUUGCUGGACUACCAUAGGCAAGAGUUAGUCUUAACAACCCCACGAUGGGAAGGAAACAAAAAGUAUGUUGAUCAAACUGGCGAUUUGCCGCAUGUUUUUUGAUGACUACAAAGUUGUCUGGCAAAGAAUAUUUUAUUGCCAUAAAAAUGAAGCUCUACAAUUCUUCACUUUUACAUGGUUUAAGUUCGAACCCUCGUAAUGACACUUACAUCUGUUUUUUAGCAGUAGAAAUCUUGAUACAGGGACUGAAAUGUUAGUGGAUCAUGCAUCACAGUAAAUAUAUUUCUUACAAGUCACUUCUCUAUAUUUCAUGACUUUCCCGAUUCAUGCUCUCUUUACUGGUCAAUUCAUGGAUCUUGUGAAACCCCUUCCAAAACCAUUUUUUAUAUACGUGAGAUAUCAAUUAUUAAUUUUUUCAACUACUUGUCACGUAUAUGUGUUACGGAUGUGUUAAGCUUUGUACUUGACCAUAAUGCCCUCUACUUGCAGCACUUUAUUUCCUACUUGUUUACAAAUUGAAUUAAUGUAAUUUUUUUCUUGUUAGUUUGAGAAAUGUUUUUUUAUAUAUAGACUGUAACCUGGUUAGCUGGUGCUUUUCUUUCCUCCUUCCCCAAAUGACUUGUAUGCCCACACACAGGCUACUUAAGAAUUUAUCGUCUCCUGAUUUCUUAUCUAAUCUCCAAGCAAGGUUGAUUGAAUGCUGUAAGGGCAUUUUGUUAAGUUUAUAGUGUUACACAAAUUGCUUUUAAGGAUUAAAUUUUGGGUCUUUGAAUGAAAUAUUUCAAGAAAUAACAUCCCUGUUUCUUGUGUUUUACUCAUUGUUCUAGAUUUAAAUUAAGAGAAUAAGGCCUAUUUGCUCUCUAAGUUACUACACACAGGGUCAAUGAAUUAUCAUUUUUUGAAAGAAGAACUUCCAGAAGUUUUGCAGUCAUCAACGGGUUAAUAUUAUAAAGUUUAAAAUCAUUGCUAGCGUCACUGAUAAGCCUUACUCCUACAUUUGUAUUUAUGUUUGAACUUCACUGUCAGCAAAAAACCUUAAUAGAUCACGUAGGUGAAUCAACUUGUGGCAAAAUAACUCGCACACAAACAACCUGAUGAAGUGAAACCUGACAGGGGUAUUUUGCAGCGCACCAAUUGCAUAAUGCCGAAUAACUCUGAGUUAAGUGAUUUGGCUUCUGCUCUAUUUCUGGUGAAAAAAUAUGGAGGCUGCAAGCAUCAUCAAGAAAUUUUCACAGAACACUACCUUAGGUUUCUAUUCUAUUUGUUUUAUUCUCUAUGGCAUGGGAUAAAUGAUAGUAUAACCUGUUCCAAGUGUUCAGAUAAUAGGGCACAGUGCAAAGUACCAAAAACUAGAAGUAAUAGAGGGAGACUGGGGAGGGUGGUAGGGAGCCUACCAUCUGAUUUCCUGGGUCAGUUUGCAUUUGGUAUGUGAUAUCACAUGUACCUUGAAAAUAUUGGUUUGUGUAUUUUUAACUGACAUACAUUUGUAGCUGUGAGAUUAUCCAGUGACUUAAAAUUUGGUGCAUAUAUUUGAUUAGUUGUAUUACUCAUUGUUCAUGAAGUGCAUGAGGAAAUUCAUCAUAUUGGGUACUCAUUGAUCAUCAUCAAUAAUCAAUGACUAAUCAACUCAAGUACCCAUCAAUCACCUAUUGAUUACUUCCUAGCUAUUGUCAUUUAUGUUUUUGAUGUGUCAUUUAUUAAUACUAUGUCUGGUUUAUAGGCAGACAGUAUUGUUAUCUUGGUAGAUUUACGUCAUUACAAAAUGAAAGAAGCGUAAGAGUCGCCCAGUGCGACUCUAGCUUCUUGAGUGCUUAGCAAACCUCCCAAGUGCAUCCAUAACUCUACGGUUGCACAGCUGCAACGUUUAAACCACUUCUUUUAUAACGUAAUCAAAAGAGAAAAACAUUAUUUUCCAUUUGCCUUCGUUUGAGUCAUCGGUCCGAGUUCAUGUAUGCUGCCAUCCGCCCGCCCCUUUGAGUUUUUCUUUCGCUGAAUCAACCGUUCUCCUUCUUCAGGUAAAUUGCAAAAUGUUUGUUCCUGCUAUUCUGAAUGGCAUCUGUCUACUUGGUCUUAAUAUUAGGGUAAAAACUUUGAGGGAAAACUAUAGCUGCAACUAUAAACACCAACUAAAAAGACACUAAUUUUAUUCGAUUUUGAUUUAUUUACUUUAUUAAUAGUUCGAAUAAAUACACUGUUAAAAACUUUAUUUGCAUUUCAUCUUUACUCUUUUAAACUGACAUUAAGGAAAUCUUAUUGUCCAUUGUGAUUUUUUGAAAAGAAAUUAACUAGCUUUGUGUCGAAAUCUGUCUGGGGAAAUCCAGCUAUGAAAGUCAAAGUUGCAACUGAAAUUGGCCGACACACAGCCGAUGCUGAAGCUGUUGUUUUUUGGCCAUUCUCUGAAUGACUGUUAUGAAUGAACACUGAGGAACAAAAUAAUACACACACAAGUUUUUUUUAAAAACUUUUUUGAAAACCCAAAUGUUUCUAUACUCAAAUGAAAUUCGCUCAUUCCAGCAUAAUGUGCCCGUUUAAACUCACCUAAAAUUUUUAAUCGAUGCGAUGAAAACUUCACAACAAGGCUGCUUCUAAUUUGAAUGUGUUUCCUAAAAUAUUUGCUUGAAUUUAGCAUCAGCUUGACCAAAAAGUCAAUAACACAAUGCUAAUUAAUACAUUUACAUUUCAAACAGACUUUCUCUUCUAUAAAAAGCACACAAAAUGUACCUUGAAUCUUUGCUCGCUCGAUUUUUCUUCAGCUGAUUCUAGCCGCAAGGAAAAUGAUAAAUUCAUCCAGGGCAAAUUUGUCGCUUGAUCUUUUGUCUUUUUUUCUUCAAAACGACAGCUUAGUAUUUUCUUCAACUUUCACUUUUCAUCUGUGCAUUUCAUCGGUGUAUUUUACCGUCAGGAGAGGAGAUUUGUUGAAUUUGCCUAAAUUUACUGCGCUAGCUCAGUUUCUUGGCAUGCACCUAUGGGCAAAUGGUAGUGGCUAACUGACCAAUCAGAGCGCGCGAUUUACUUUUGUUAUGUUAUAAUUUAAACUGGCAUACUUUUGUAGCUGUUAGGUUAUCCAGUGACUUAAAGUUUGGUGCAUAUAUUUGAUUAGUCUUUGAUUACUCAUUGUUCAUGAAGUACAUGAGGAACUUCAUCAUAUUGGGUACUCAUUGAUCAUCAUCAGUAAUCAAGGACUAAUCAACUUAAGUACCCAUCAAUCACCUAUUGAUUACUUCCCAGCUGUUGUCAUUUAUGUAUUUGAUGUGUCAUUUAUUAAUAUUGUCUGGUUUAUAGGCAGACAAUAUUGCUGUCUUGAUCUAAGGUAGAUUUAUGCCAUUUAGCACUUUUAAUUCUUAGGUCCAAGUACAAAAACAAUAAAUGAUCAGUGUUCCUUCAUUGAUGCUUGGUCUGUUUGCAGAAGGGUGUUAAAGAGUUGGGAUAUUUUCUGCUGAACUGACAUCUAGUAACUUUAUUUCCUCUAAUGAGUUUUUCCUAGCUGUCAAAGAGCUUGCUUGAUCUUGCAUCAGCUGCUCAAACUAAUGUUAUUGGUGGCCACAAAGUAAAGUACAUGCAGUAAUUGUGUUUUUAACUAAUAUUGAUUCAUUUUUGUGUCAAUAGGAACUAUAACCAAAAGACGAUACCAGAAGCACUUGAUCAAUGUCCUUUAAUUGUAAAAGUGUUCACACUGAGGAAAAGUGUUGUGAAUGUAAACAGUGUGGCAAGUCUUUUAGCCGAUCAGAAGACCUAAGGAGACAUAAAAGAGUUCAUACUGGGGAAAAGCCUUAUGAAUGUAAACAGUGUGGCAAGUGUUUUAGCCGAUCAGAAGACCUAAGGAGACAUAAAAGAGUUCAUACUGGGGAAAAGCCUUUCGAAUGUAAACAGUGUGGUAAGUGUUUUAGUAAAGAAGGAAACUUAAGGAUUCAUGAAAGAGUUCACACUGGGGAAAAACCUUAUGACUGUAAACAGUGUGGGAAGUGUUUUAGUCUAGCAGGAAACUUAAGGAUUCAUGAAAGAGUUCACACUGGGGAAAAGCCUUAUGAAUGUAAACAGUGUGGCAAGUGUUUUAGCCUAGCAGCAAACCUAAAGAGUCAUGUAACAGUUCACACUGGGAAAAAGCCCUAUGAAUGUAAACAGUGUGGCAAGUGUUUUAGCCAAGCAUCAAACCUAAAGAGUCAUGUAACAGUUCACUCUGGGGAAAAGCCUUAUGAAUGUAAACAGUGUGGCAAGUGUUUUAGCCAAGCAGCACACCUAAAGAGGCAUGUAACAGUUCACACUGGGGAAAAGCCUUAUGAAUGCAAACAGUGUGGCAAGUGUUUUAGCCAAGCAGGAACCCUAAGGAUACAUGAAAGAGUUCACACUGGGGAAAGGCCUUAUGAAUGUAAACAGUGUGGCAAGUGUUUUAGCAUGGUAAGAACCCUAAGGAGUCAUGAAAGAGUUCACACUGGGGAAAAGCCUUUUGAAUGUAAACAUUGUGGUAAGUGUUUUAGUGAAGCAGGAAACUUAAGGAGACAUGAAAGAGUUCACACUGGGGAAAAGCCUUAUGAAUGUAAACAGUGUGGCAAGUCUUUUAGCCGAUCAGAAGACCUAAGGAGUCAUGAAAGAGUUCACACUGGGGAAAGUUCUUAUGAAUGUAAGCAGUGUGGCAAGUGUUUUAGCGUGGUAAGAACCCUAAGGAUUCAUGAAAGAGUUCACACUGGGGAAAAGCCUUAUGAAUGUAAACAGUGUGGCAAGUGUUUUAGUGUAGCAGGAAACUUAAGGAUUCAUAAAAGAGUUCACACUGGGGAAAAGCCUUAUGAAUGUAAACAGUGUGGCAAGUGUUUUAGACAUUUGCAUACCAUAAGGACUCAUGAAAGGGUUCACACUAAGGAAAAACCUUAUGAAUGUAAACAGUGUGGCAAGUGUUUUACCAAAUGUGGAAAGUUAGAAAAACAUGGAAGAUCUCAUACUCCAAAAAGGUCGGGUAAAUAUUCCCAAAAAAAGGGAAGAUUGACUUAUUCUUUGGCUACGAUAGUUGAAAAGGUCACACAAUCUGCAAGCAAAGCGCUGGUACAGAAAGAGAGUGGAAACAAUAGUGCGGAAGGGUUUGAAUCAGCAAUCUUUGAGGAACAUAGCUGUUGGAUUUGUCAAGAGGAGAUGAGUAGUGAGGCACUUCUUCUUCAACAUUAUGAGAAUCAUAUGAGAAAUAUAGGUGAAGAUGACACGUAA